UGAUUCUGCAAGGAGGCGUUUCGGCGCUUCGGAGUCUCUCCCGCAACUGCUUUUUCCACACAUCUGAGAUUACUUGCGCCACGCGUGCCAGGUUCUUUCCGCAGUGCGCCGGUAGUUAUGGGAGCCGCUCAGUCUGCGCAGCGGGACGGCGGGAAGAACGCGGCCGCGGAGGAAGACGACCGGAGGAAUAAAGUGGAUGAUGCUGAACACAAGAAGCCUCUCCAAAACAAAGAUCAGAUCUCCAAAAUCAAUGGAAAAACAGAUGACGGCUCUGUAGCAGAAGUUAUUGAUCACUGUGAGGAUGAAGUUGCACCAGAUGAUGCUGCAGAAACAGAAAAGCCACUAAAAGAUGCAGAAUUACAAAGUGUCAAGACAAACCCAAAGGUGUCACCUGAAGCUAAAGAAACAGGACCUCCAGAAAUGACCAACAUGGAAGUAACACAAAAAGACAUCAAUGAAAAUUUUAGGAGAUUUUUGGAAACCAUCACUUUGAAGGUUACACCAAAGAAAAACUCAGGUGAAAACGAAACGGCAAAAGACGUGCCCAUUGAGACCAAUCGGCAAGAAUCUCCCAGACCAGAUGUCGAGGAUCACAUUUCCAAAAGUGAGUAUGUUGAACUCAAUGCUGAUCUGAAUGCAGCACAGGAAACUGUCAGUAAUGAUUCAACAAUUUUCCCCACACCAACAGACCUUACAUCCAAUGACAUCAGAGACAACACAAAAGAAAUGUGUGGCAAAAUAAAAGAAACCAAUGUGGAAACUCCACCUGGACACACUGAUGCAGAAAUGACUUCCCCCAUAAGUGAACAAGAAAACAAAAAUCAAGAAGCCACACCUGAAGAAGAGCCAUGCCGCUCAUCUCCCUGCAGUCCUGACGAAGUUAUCAUAUCUCCAAUUAAAAGGUUUUUUACAACCGGUAUCUUUUCUGGUCUACGGAAAAAGAAGAAGCCACCAGAUGACGAGACAAAUGAUAAAGAACCGACAGACACUGAAAGAAAGACAUCUGCUGAGACGACAGAGCAGCAUGUACAGAAGGAAAAAGAAACUGGUCUAGGUGUUGAGACAGGAGCUAAAGAAAACAAAACAGAAGAGGAGAUCUUUGAUGCAUCGCCAGCUGAGAUAACAGAUGGCACCAAAGUUAGAGAAAAAACCUUUGAAGGGAAAUCACCUGCUACAGAACCAUCAACCCUCACUGUGGUUGAGCCUGAAAAUCUAAAUCUGCAAGACAAAGUUAAAGCCAGUCCUAUAAAAAGACUACUGUCAGGGUCCAGUUUUAAGAAACUCACCAAAAAACAGAGAUGCAGAAGAGCAAGUGACUCAAAGCUGAGUGAGUCUGGGAGACUUGUUUCUGAUCAGCUAACAUCAUCUCCUGAGGCAUCAGAGAGUCCUGCACAACAUCUCACAGAGGCAUCAGGACAAGAGGACGGAACGUGGGCUUCCUUCAGAAAACUUGUGACUCCAAAAAAGCACAUGAAGAGACUUUCUUUGCCCAAUGAGGCGACACAAGAGUCAAGAAUCUCAGGAUCACUGGAGGAACCGAACAUACGUGAAAGAGACAAAAUAUCAGAUCUGAGUGCAGAAGAGAGAAAAAAAAGAAAAGACUCAUCUGUUUCGUGGGAAGCUGUUUUGUGUGGAUCUGGAAGGAGAAGGAGUCGAAAAACGUCAGACUCUGAGGAUGAAAUGCUCCAACACGAGAAAGGCACCAACAAAGACUCUGAAUCCAAUCAUGUUGCAGAAUCACCAGGAAGUUCAAAGGAACCCGAGGAGCUUUUAACCACUUCCCCCCAACAAACAGAAAGUCCUUCAGAUGGCGAUGGAGAGUCAACAUGGAAAUCUCUUAAAAGACUUGUUACCCCACAAAAGAAAUCAAAGGAUGAAGAAAAUAUGCAAUCAUCUGAUAGUGACGUUGCUCUAGAUGAACAUUCCUUUUCAAUAAAGAAACUUCUGCCAGGACGAAAAAAGAGGAAGUCUGUGGAAAAGGAAGAUAGGGCAUCUUUAGAUGACUUUGCUAAGGAAUUAGCAUUGGAUGAUGAAGAAUCAGAAACACCAGCUGUGGUUCCACUGUCUGAGUUUGACACAGUUGAAAUAGAGGUUCACACACAAUCACAGGCAGAUGCAGGAAGUCAAAUGACCAAGGCAGGAGAUGAAGCACCCCAAAAAUACCUCUUAGGUGAGCCAAAUGAACCAGUAGUGUUCUGUCAUAGUCCAAUAACAGAAACAGAAAAAGGCAAACAUGAGGCUUUAGAAAAUCUGUCACCUACAACCCCCAGUUCGAACGACGAAUCUGAAUCUGCUGAAUUAAUAAGCAAGCACCAACAGCUCAGUGAUAUUCCAGAGGAGACGAUGACUACUGCAGCUUCAGUCACAGAGGAGGUAGUCAGAGAUGACACGAUAGCAGAAGAUGUGAUCGAGAUCACAUCGGAGGCUAUUACAGCACCAGAGCCUCUGGACAGUACCCAAGCUGAUGAAACGGAGAUGAUCUCUGCAGUUUCCCAGUUAACAGAUUCUUUAAAGACAUCUGGCAAUGCAACACCUGUUCCAGUAGAUAGUGGCAUCAAGGAAACAGAAGUGCUCCUGCAGCAAGUCGUUGAAACCAUCUCCAUGACCCCAAAGGAUGUCCCAAUGUGUUUGAAAGAGCUAAGCCUAGAGAGUAAGAUGGGCUCCACUGUUCUGCAAGUACAAGAGACAUGUUUAAAAGAAGAACCAACAAUUCUGGCAAAGCACAACAUGCCAUUUUCAACCCCUGUAAACACAGAUCUAUUCAAACUGGAUAGAAAAGACCAAUUCACAGCAACAACCCAAACAGAGACCGAAUCUGAAGUCAGCAACACCAUUUCUAUAGAAUCUGUAUCUGAUCCUACUGAAGAGUUUGUCAGUGUUAAAUGUCCAGGAGAGGAAGUAUAUCAGGACAGCGUUUCUCAGACAGAAGAAAGCAUUAAAGAAUUACAAAGUCUGGAUAAAAGCCAACCUCUGGAGGAAUGUUUUUCUGCUGAAAGUGAAGAAAGUGGCAUGACUGGAUGUUGUGUCAUUGCAGUUCAUCAAGACGAAGUAGAACUUCCAAAACUUAAAGAUUCAGCUGCUGCAGAAACAGAUGAAAACAAGAAAAAACUGAAGGAAGAAGUACAAACUCUGUUAGAAAAAGAAUCUCUCAUUACACAAAAUGUCAGUGAACAAGUCCAACGUGAAGAUCAAUGCCCACUGCCUGUUGUGGUGCCGGAAUGGCAAAAAUUAAUAACUUUACCGGAAGACAAGCCUGGAUCUGAAACAUUUACAGAUGAACCCAAAAAUAGAGCAACACCAUUCAUGAAAAUCAAUGUUGGGCAAGAAAACAACAGUGAACUGCAAGCGGAUGAUUCCAAUGCUGAACAAGUUCAACUAUUAGAAGUAAUAGAAGGUGUACCACCAAGCACUUUACAUUUGAAGGAGGGUAGGGUUCAAUCAUUCAACAUGGAAGAAACAUCAGGAAACCUCCUGACACAAGAAAUAGUUAAUGAUGAACCAGAAAAGGUGACUGAGCAGCUCACUGAAGUCAAUAUUCAGCCAGACUAUGAACUACAAACAGAUGCUGACAAACCCAAACAUGUUCAAGUGUUAGAAGUACUAGAAAGUGUACAAGCAGAAGAACCCAAAAAGAUCACAGCGCCACUGGCUGAAUUACAUUUUAAGGAUGAAGCUGCUGAAAGUGAACGUGUUAAUGUGUUAAAAGUCAUACAAGGAACCAAAUUAGAUUCAGAGGCGACUAGGGCUCAGAUGCUUGUAAUGGAAGCAAUAUCAGAAGACACUAUGGCAGCAAAAAUAGUUAAAAAUGAAUGUGAACAGGCACUAGAUGAUCGCUCUGAAAUCAAUGUUGUAGAUGAACUACAAAUGGAUGCAGCACAGGCUGAGCACAUUAAAUCAUCAUCACAAGUCUUACAGCCUGUACAAGCAGCCACACUAGAUACAGAGAAGGAAAUAAUAUCAGCAAACCUUCCAGUAUCAGAAAAACCUACAGGUGAAAUCAAAAAGACAACAGUGCCCGUCACUGAAGGCACUGUGGAAUCAGAGAACAAAGUAAAACAAGUGGAAGCUGACAAACCCGAGAAUUCUCAAGAAUCACAAGUAUUAGAAACUGUACCAACAGGCACAUUAGAGUCAGAGGACGGGAGGAUUCAGCUGGUCAGAAAGGAAGUAACAACAGAAAAAAACGUUAAACGUGAACCCAACCAGACAAUCAAGGACCUCACUGAAGUAGAUACUGAGCAAGAAGAUGAACUACAAAUGGAAGCUACCCAACCUGAGAAUUCAGAAGCAGCUGCUGCUGAACCCAAAAAGUUAACAGUGAAAACUGAAAUGCAAGAGCUUGAAAAACCCGAGCAAGGCCAAGCACCAGACAUAUUAGAAGCCACAUCACAAUCAGGACAGGGUGGCGUUGAUCUGGAACGGGAAGUACCAUCACAGGACAUUUUGACAGCAAAAAUAUUUACAGAUAAACCCAAACAAGUAGAAGUAACAUCAGAGGACCCUCCAGAAUCACAAAAAACCAUAGAUGAAUUCAAAUGUACAACAGAGCCUCCAACUGAAAACAAAGAUGAUCUCCAAGUGGAGGCUGCUGAACAUGAACAUACUCAAGUAACUGAAGUAAUGAAAACUCAACAAGCAGUCACCUUAGAUCCAGAAGACAAGUAUGUCAGAUCACCCAAAAAAGACAUUCCAACAGCAGAAGACUUUUUAGCUGGACCAAAACAGCCGAGCAGUCCCAUGGAAGAGAACACAGAGUCAAAAACUGACCACGUUCAAGAUUUAGACCAGUUACCAUGUGACACAGAAGAUGUUUCAGGUACAGAUAAGACUGAGCUUGAAGUUGUGGCACAACAGGAUCAGCCCGCAGAAGUACAAAAUGAUGCUACAAAUGUCCCCGAGUGUUCAGGUCCAAGAAAAGACUGUUACAUAUGA